GAGACGUCUAAUAAGAACAUGGAAAAGGAAAAUGCAACAUUGCUGACAGAGUUUGUUCUCACAGGAUUAAGGUAUCAGCCAGAGUGGAAAAUCCCCCUUUUCCUGGCAUUUUUGGUCAUAUAUCUCAUCACCAUCGUGUGGAACCUUGGUCUGAUUGCUCUCAUCUGGAAUGACCCUCACCUUCACAUCCCCAUGUACUUAUUCCUUGGGAAUUUAGCCUUUGUGGAUACUUGGAUGUCAUCCACAGUCACUCCAAAGAUCUUGAUCAACUUCUUAGCUCAGAGUAAGAUCAUCUCUCUCUCUGAAUGCAUGAUACAAUUUUUCUCCUUUGCAAUCACUGUAAGCACAGAAUGUUUCCUCUUGUCAGCAAUGGCAUAUGAUCGCUAUGUAGCCAUAUGCAAACCCUUACUUUAUCCCGUGAUUAUGACCAACAGACUAUGCAUCCGGUUGAUAUUAUUGUCAUUUAUGUGUGGAUUUCUUCAUGCUUUGCUUCAUGGAGGGCUUUUAUUUCGAUUAACCUUCUGUAAUUCCAACAUAAUACAUCACUUUUACUGUGACAUUAUCCCGUUACUAAAGAUUUCCUGUGUUGAUCCUUCUAUUAAUUUUUUAGUAAUUUUUAUCUUUGCUGGUACAUUCCAGAUGCUUACCAUUACAACUAUUCUUGUCUCUUAUUCACUUGUUCUAGUUUCCAUCUUAAAAAAGAAGUCUUUGAAAGGCAUAAAGAAAGCCUUCUCCACCUGUGGAGCCCAUCUCUCAUCUGUGUUCUUAUACUAUGGCCCUCUUUUUUUUAUAUAUGUGUUGCCUCAAUCACCAGAAGCAGAUGAUAAAGAUAUGACAGACUCUUUAUUUUAUGUGGUCAUCAUUCCUUUGUUGAACCCAAUUAUCUACAGUCUGAGAAAUAAGCAAGUCAUAGAUUCACUGACAUCAAAAUUAAAGAAAAAU